CGCGCCGCUUGCCACCCUCUUCUCCCCUCCCGGCGCCGGGGACCCUGCCCCUUUGCGCCGUUCCCCGGCUUCCAUUUUUCUUGGCUUCCGAAAAGCGAGUGGGACAGGGCGGGGGAGACCUGCCGGGCUUCCGAGGCUUCCCCCGGGCGGCCCCGGCCAGCCCUGCUCGCCCCUUCCCGGGAGAGGCACAUGGAGAGACAUGAACCAGGCGAGCGGACUGGACCUGCUCAAGAUCUCAUAUGGAAAAGGCGCUAGAAGGAAAAACAGAUUUAAAGGCUCGGAUGGAAGCACUUCGUCUGACACUACCUCAAAUAGUUUCGUUCGGCAGGGUUCGGCAGACUCCUACACCAGCCGUCCAUCCGAUUCAGAUGUAUCUCUGGAGGAGGACCGCGAGGCAGUGCGCAGAGAAGCUGAGCGGCAGGCCCAGGCGCAGCUGGAAAAAGCAAAGACAAAGCCCGUUGCGUUUGCAGUUCGGACAAAUGUCAGCUACAGUGCAGCCCAUGAAGAUGAUGUUCCGGUGCCAGGCAUGGCCAUCUCAUUUGAAGCAAAAGAUUUUCUGCAUGUUAAGGAAAAAUUUAACAAUGACUGGUGGAUAGGGCGACUGGUGAAAGAAGGCUGUGAAAUUGGGUUCAUUCCAAGCCCAGUGAAACUAGAAAACAUGAGGCUGCAGCAUGAACAGAGAGCCAAGCAAGGGAAAUUCUACUCCAGUAAAUCAGGAGGAAAUUCAUCAUCCAGUUUGGGUGACAUAGUACCUAGUUCCAGAAAAUCUACACCUCCAUCAUCUGCUAUAGACAUAGAUGCUACUGGCUUAGAUGCAGAAGAAAAUGAUAUGCCAGCAAACCACCGCUCCCCUAAACCCAGUGCAAACAGUGUAACGUCACCCCACUCCAAAGAGAAAAGAAUGCCCUUCUUUAAGAAGACAGAGCACACUCCUCCUUACGACGUGGUACCGUCUAUGAGACCGGUGGUCCUAGUGGGCCCUUCGCUGAAGGGAUACGAGGUCACAGAUAUGAUGCAAAAAGCGUUGUUUGAUUUUUUAAAACACAGAUUUGAAGGGCGGAUAUCCAUCACAAGGGUCACUGCUGAUAUCUCGCUUGCCAAACGCUCAGUAUUAAACAAUCCCAGUAAGCAUGCAAUAAUAGAAAGAUCUAACACAAGGUCAAGCUUAGCGGAAGUUCAGAGUGAAAUUGAAAGGAUUUUUGAACUUGCAAGAACACUGCAAUUGGUAGUCCUUGAUGCAGAUACUAUUAAUCAUCCAGCUCAACUUAGUAAAACCUCUUUGGCCCCCAUUAUAGUGUAUGUAAAGAUUUCCUCUCCUAAGGUUUUACAAAGGUUAAUAAAAUCUCGAGGGAAAUCUCAAGCUAAACACCUCAAUGUCCAGAUGGUAGCAGCUGAUAAACUGGCUCAGUGUCCUCCAGAGUUGUUUGAUGUGAUCUUGGAUGAGAACCAGCUUGAGGAUGCUUGUGAGCACCUGGCUGACUAUCUGGAGGCCUACUGGAAGGCCACCCAUCCUCCCAGCAGCAGUGUCCCCAACCCUCUCCUUAGCCGUACCUUAGCCACUUCAACUCUGCCUCUUAGCCCCACCCUAGCCUCGAAUUCACAGGGUUCUCAAGGUGAGCAGAGGACUGAUCGCUCCGCUCCCAUCCGGUCUGCUUCCCAAGCUGAAGAAGAACCUUGCCUGGAACCAGUCAAGAAAUCCCAGCACCGUUCUUCCUCCUCUGCCCCCCACCACAACCAUCGCAGUGGCACAAGUCGAGGCCUCUCCAGGCAAGAGACGUUUGAUUCAGAAACCCAGGAGAGUCGAGACUCUGCCUACGUGGAGCCAAAGGAAGAUUAUUCCCAUGAACACGUGGACCACUAUGUCUCCCACCGUGACCAUAACCACAGAGAUGAGACCCACGGGAGCAGUGACCACAGACACAGGGAGCCGCGGCACCGUUCCAGGGACACGGAUCGAGAGCAGGACCACAACGAAUGCAACAAACAACGGAGCCGUCAUAAAUCCAAGGAUCGCUACUGUGACAAGGAUGGAGAAAUAAUAUCCAAAAAACGGAAUGAGGCCGGGGAGUGGAACAGGGAUGUUUACAUCCGCCAAUGACUUUUGCCCUUUUGUGGUUUUUUUUUGGAAGUCUUGUAUAAUAGCCCCCUGAAACAAAAUCUUUGGGGGUCUAUAUUACAAUCAUAUGUGAUCUGUCUCGUAGUAUUUUGUAUUGCUGUUGCUUGAAUAGCAAUAGCAUGAAAUAGAGUAUUAAUAUACUUUUUUUUUCUUUUGUAAGUGCUAUACAAAUUGGCCUGGUACGGCUGCAGUCCUCCGGUUCUAUGCUGGACUCUUCAAAAACUGUUUUGGGUAGCUGCCACUUGAACAAAAUCUGUUGCCAUCCAGGAAAUGUAGCUGAUGUAUCCAGCAAGCCAGAAUCAGCACAGAGAAAAAGUGGAAUUUCUUGUAUCUCUAGAUUUUUAAUACGCAGGCACCUGAUUUGCAUAUUCAUUCAUUCAUGGACCACUGUUUCUUGCUUGUACCUCUGGCUGACUAAAUUUGGGGACAGAUUCAGUCUUGCCUUACACAAAGGGGAUCAUAAAGUUAGAAUCUAUUUUCUAUGUACUAGUACUGUGUACUGUAUAGACAGUUUGUAAAUGUUUCUGCAAACACCUUAUAAUUAUAUACAUAUAUAUAUAUCAGUUUGAUCACACUAUUUUAGAGUCUUAAUGCCAAGUCAGCAGAUUUGCUUUGUGAAUUACAGGGACUAGAAAUGCCCACAUUCAGGAAAUUUGUAGUAACAUUGUCUAGACACUAUCCUCAUUCUAUUAGAAAGUCUGUAUAUACUGUAAAUAUGUGUGAUUGCUUGACUUGAAAAGGUUUGAUUUCUGAAUGUUAUACCAGCCUUGUAAGUUUAUAAUUUUCACCAUAAAUUAUGGUAAAUAUAACCAAACUCCAGAGGUUGUUCUACUCCAUACAGUUCACACUGAUUGUGACAAACACAUUCUUAGUAGCUAGUGUCUGUUAUAGUCACUGCACUGGAGUAUAUGAGCCGGAACCUGCUGUAUGCACGUGUGUGUAUCUGUAUGUAAGAGUGUGCAUGAGUGAUUGGUUGAGAUGAGUCAGAAUGCUGAAGACUAAUGAAGAAACUAGAGACUGACAUAUAGAAUUCUACCCACCUGGCUUUGUAUUUAAUUGUGCUGUAUGUUGCUUUAUAAUCCAUUGAGCAGUCAGGGAAUGUGAGGAAGCUUGCUGCCAAAGGUAACUAGGAAAGCAUUCAUCUGCUGGCUCCUUGUUUUUGCUCCUAGAGAGUAAAAAUACAGGCAACUUUUACUGUGAGUGUUUCACUGGAAAUGUAAAAUCUUUGUGUGUUCGAGUAUUUGUUUUAAGUAAGAAACGUUUACACAGCUUGUGGAAUUAUUUUGUGGGAAAAUAAAUUUUUGUAACUUCUCCCA